AUGCCGCUGGACUAUCUCAUGCAAUUCUUCGCUGUGCGUCUAUCGAGACAGUAUAAGAGCCAAGCACUCGACGGCGGAGAGCACACCAGCCAAGCAGUCGCAUUUGCAGUUCCCUCGCACUCGCACUCACAGCUACCUUCGAGCUCGAUCGUAUUCACCUCGCUCUCAGCUCUUACCGUCUAUCACAUUCACCAGCUUCUCAACCUAGCUGCAAUGGACUCUUUCACCGACAUCCUCUCCGCCUUCUCUUCUUCCGCUUCUGCCUCCGUCAAACCCUCCAUCGUCUCGCACAAGACGGAAGAGGAGGUUCAAGUUCCUGUUGAGGAGGAGUCUAAUAUCUCGAACUCGACGUACUGCGUCGUUGCUUGAGGUCUUUCAAGCAAUCUAUAUCGGUUUGACGGUCACCGAUAAUCAUCCUCGUCGAUAGACCAAGACCGUCACCAAGCGACACCCUCACUCACACUCAUGUUCUACCCAACAACAUCCCAUUCCCUCUUCCAUCCUGACCUCUCACAACACGCCGCCGCUCUCGUAACACCCUUUAUCCUGUAUCCAUUUCGUUCGACCCACUUCUCGCGGCAUCAGUCACGAUCCCUCACACAUCUCCUUAUUCAUCACUGUAUCCUUGUAUCCUUAUCACCCUCAUCCAACAUUCUUUCCUUGUUCUUCUUCCUUCCUCCCUUCAAGUUCCUUCGAUAGGAUUCCCUUCGAGCUCCAGUCCCAUUUAAAUCGGGCUUCUUAUACUUAUUUCGUCUCCUCCGAGUCGGCUUGUAGCUACCAGCUUUCGGUCUUUCGGUUCUUUCGUGGUUCGUCACGCGUCGGCAGCGUAUCAUUGGGGAUUAUAUAUGGCAUAACCCACAGAACUGGGGGAGCGCUACCUUCGGCAGCAGCCACCUUGCUUGGUAAAUAAC